UCAACAAAAAAGAUGGCGCCGCUCGCUACCUAGCUUCACCCAACUCUGCGGAAUAAAUGGAAGAAGAACGCUUUUGUUUGAAUUAAGAUUGACGGUAAUCCGAGCUGCUGGAGGCCGAACACUGAGCUGCAGUGAAAUCAUGGUGCUGAAGAUCUUCUUCCCACAGUGCUGUAACCGGGCGGACAGCGGGCUGCUGGUCGGACGCUGGAUCCCUGGUCAUGACUCGGCCGUAGUGUUGGCUGUAAUCCACUACCCGUUCAUUCCAGGACAGGUCAAACAGUACAUCCAGCAGGUGCAGGCUCAGAGUGGGGUGGAGCUGUCGGUGCUAGGCUCGUGGAGUUUACCUAAAGAGGGUCAGGAGGGGAUGGAGAGCUUCCUCAGAGACCUCAGCACCAUCUUCCCUCAGGAACGCUGGCUCCAGAUCAAGCGCAAGCUCGGCAAGACGGGCUUCACCUGCCAGAUUCUCAACCGGGAUGGGAAGUCAUCUCAACCAGACAGUAUAAAGAAAACGAAGAAGGAGAAACCGAAGGUUGAGGAGGAGGAGGAGGACCAACUGGUUCAAGGUGAAAAAGAAGAGAAAGAGCAGGAAGAGGUAGAAGAGGAGGAGGAGGAGGAGGAGGGAGAGAAGGUGAUCUUUGUCCACUACGAGCAGAGGAAGGUGAUGCUGUCGCAGCUUCACCCCGUCGAGAAUGGCGUUCCAGACCCCAAAACUGAACUGCCAUCUGAGCUCAGACAGAUGUUUCAGACGGUGGCCGGCAGCCAGGCGCUGUUCUUUUUGGACCGAUACGACGACGGGCCGCUGAAGUCGACACACUGGCAGUCUGACGGUCGAGAGGCCAGCAUCAUCGUGGAGCUGCUCAAACAGGCCUCCGUACCGUUCUGCAUGCUCAUCAGCUGGCUGCUCUCCAUAUGGACCUGGAUCUGCAACAUGCGGAUCUUCAGUCUUUAUCCGCUCCGGUUCCUGUCCAGUAAGCUGUCCACCUGCGUCCAGCUCAGCUACAGGACCCAACACAUGAGGACACUCAGCUCGGCAAAACCAGCCGCAGGACACACCGAGUUCAUGAGAAAAGCCAACAUCGUGGUGUCGUUCUUGAUCGACGUGGCGCUCGGUAUGCUGCUCAUCUGGUGGCUCUACAGAGACAACCACAUCAGCACGUUAGCCAACGCACUGGUGCCUGCAGCUGAUCAUGUGGCUAAAGAGCUGGAGGAGCUGCUGCAGUGGCUGAUGGGAGCUCCUGCAGGGCUGAAGAUGAACCGGGCCCUGGACCAGGUCCUGGGUCGCUUCUUUCUCUACCACAUUCACCUGUGGAUCAGCUACAUCCACCUCAUGUCUCCCUUCAUCGAGGGGAUCCUGUGGUACGGAGGCCUCUCAGCCUGCCUGGGCCUGACCUUUGCCCUCUCGCUGCUCUCUGACAUGGUCGCCCUGCUCACCUUCCACAUCUACUGCUUCUACGUCUACGGAGCCAGGCUGUACUGUCUGAAGAUCUACGGCCUCUCGUCUCUCUGGAGGCUCUUCAGAGGCAAGAAGUGGAACGUCCUGCGGCAGAGGGUGGACUCCUGCUCCUAUGACCUGGACCAGCUCUUCAUUGGAACGCUGCUGUUCACCGUCCUGCUGUUUCUGCUUCCCACCACGGCGCUCUACUACCUGGUCUUCACUCUGUUGCGUCUGGUGGUGGUGCUGUUCCAGGGCGUCCUCCACCUCAGCGUGGACUUCAUCAACUCCUUCCCUCUGUUCGCCGUGGGCCUCCGAGUCUUCCGCUCCUACAGACUGGCAGAGGGAGUGAAGUUCAGAGUUCUGUGUGAGGAGCCGGGGACCGCCCUUCACCUGAUGAUGGAGAUUAACCCUCUGAAGGGCAGCACUGUGGUUCAGACGUACCGUACUCCGACCUACAGCUGCUACCCCAAAGACUCGUGGGGCGCCCUGGUGAAGAAGCUGUUUGUCGGGGAGCUGAUUUACCCCUGGAGACACAAAACCACCAAGACUGACUGAGAGAACUCAGCAUCAAGUGUGGGAGUGAGAGAGAGAGAGAGAGAGAGAGAGAGGGAACGGCGGAAAGGGAAGUGACUGAAUAAAUAAUAAGGUGGAGGCGGACUGACGGAGGGUAAGAGGGGGGACAAGGGAAGCGAGGUCGAAUUAAGUAGCAGGAUCUUUGAGCUGCGCUGCUUUCAUGUAAGAUGAAUGACUCAGAAAAGUUUGAAGCUGCUGAGUCAGCACAUUUUUUCGUUUGAUCAGGUGUUUUCUGAUCAGGUCGGAAGAAGAACAACAAAAAUGUGUCAAGUGUUUUUAGAGCUCGACGAACCUAAAAAAACCACGUCCAGUAGUCACGUCCAGCUGCUGUUAAAAUACCUGUCAACGUUAAAAUACUUAGAGUACAUGAACACCAUCAUUAUGAGCAGUACUUAACGCUUAUAAACACACUCCUCCAGAAAGGAAACAACACUAAGGGACCAAGACGAUUCUUUUCUUUCUGUGUUUGAAUGUUAGACACAAAGAUCCGAUAUUACAAAGAGUUGUAAAAUCAGACUUAGUAUUCACACACCUCAAGGUCAACUGCAGAGGUCAAGUCCUUAGACAGUAUUUGGUAUUUAUGUAUUAACUGCACUGACCAUGUGAAUAGUUGUAACUUUUAGAUUUUAUAUUAUUAUUAUUAUUAUAAAUUAACUAGAAUCUACUUGAAAUGGUACAAGCUGGAAAAAUAGUUUUAAAUUGUUUUUUUGUGAAAAAACCUUUUGUAAUCGUUCUUUUUGAUUAAAAUUAGUUAAUUUAGUAUUGGAACAUGCCGAUCACUUGACGGCAAAUUUAUAAUAAUAUUAAUUUUAUUGAUAUAACACCUUUUUAAAAACAGGUGUUUACAAAGUGCUUUGACAGACAAACAGUGACAGGAAGUCAGGACAACAACAGGAUGGGCGUCAAACAGUGAAGCCAACAAAGAGAGUUCAAAUACAUUACACAUUAUUAUUUUUAUUAUUUCACCAGGAAAAUAUUCUCGUUGAGAUUGUACUACAACAUUAGAUUCAAGAUCUCCUUUUCUAGAGAGUCCUGGCCAAGAGAGCUGCAUAAAAGUGUCAGAUAUUUUAUCUAUCAGAAGCAUUAAGCAGAGAAACAUGUGGUUAAAUGAUCCUUUAUCUUAUUUUAACACCAGUUGAGGUGCAGGUAGAUCAUUUGGCUCUUAAUAAAUUAGCCGUCAGUGAUUUGUGUCCUCCAGUACUCUCUUUGGAUCCUGCCUGUCUGAAGGAGUCUCUUUGGUCCUUCUCUAAGAGCACCGACCUCCACCUGUGGACGGGCUGAUGCGCAAGAGUUUCCUCAUUUAGGUUCAUGCGUUGCCAUAUUGUCAUAAGUAGACUGGAAGCUAUUUACCUCUGACAGACUGUUACAGAGAGAGGAACAGUCCUGCCAUGCCGCUGGCUGCAUUUUGUCAUGUUUUCGUCCUUUAUUUUAAUACAUGUGCCUCUUUAUUUCUUUUUAAAUCCUUUAAUUCUUUAUAACAGUCUCAGUUAGAUGUUUCUGGUCUUUGUGUUGUGUUAGUCUAAACUCUUCAUGACCAAUCCCUGUACUUGACAAACGAAGAAGAAACUGUGAUUCAAUGUGUGUUUUUUAAAUCAGGAUAAGGAAGCAGGUGUAGCUUUUAUCCAACAUGUCAGAUUGUUAAUUAAUUGUGAAUUAUUCUCGUUUUAUUUUACCUAAAUCUUAACACAUGGGUCUGUAUCAUCAUUUAAACAAAAUUCUGUUUUUCUCAACUGUGAAAUCUUUCUUUUAACUUUUAUUAACCUUUGAUUGAUUUAUCAUUUCCAUUUGAUCUGUCCUAAAUGUUAAGAUGCCAUUUAAUAAAAUUCACACAUAUUUAA